GCGCUGCGAGGCGAGCCCCGCCCGCUGGGCGGUCCAGCGCUGCUCUCGGCGGCGGACGCGGCGGCGGCGCAGCGGGGGGCCCGCGCGCACGUGCGCUUCCCGCGGCGGCUGCUGGCGGUGGUGGCCGAGCUGCGCGCCUUCCUGCGGGCCGGCGCGCAGCCGCCGUUCCUGGCGUCGGACAGGCGGCUCGCCAGGGCCGUGCGCCUGCUGCGCGUCGCCGCUUUCGCCGAGGGCAGCGACAGCGUCGGGGAGCUGCACUUGUUGCUGCUGCAGCACAUGCUGUGGGGGCAGCACCCGUCGCUCUGCGGCGAGGUCCGCGCCUGGCUGCUCGCUCGCCUCGCGCGGGGCGCGGGCGGCGGCGGGCCUGCCACAGCGCCCGAGCUGCAGCUGCUCGUGGACGGCGCGCGCGGGCGGCUUGCCAGCCGCGGGGCGGUGGCCGGCGCCCUGGCCGACCUCUCGGGGCUGCGGGCGUCGCUGGAGAGGCAGCUGGUGGCGCGGCUGGGGCUGCGGGGGCGGCUGCGCCCGCGGCUCGAGGCUGCCAGCGGAGGCCUUUGGCUCACGGGGCCCGAGCUCGAGGAGGCGCGCUCGGCGAUGCUGCCUCGGCUCGACGCCAGCGUCGCCGAGGCCGAGAGGCUGCUGCAGCAGGUGCUCGAGCUCGAGGCCGUGGCCAAGGUCGAAGACGACGCGCUGCGGCGUGGCUGCCUGGAGAUGGAGGCCCUGAAAUUUGGCCGCUCGAGCGGCGAUGGUGACGGCAUCCUGGCCGGAUUACCGUUCGACGUGACGUAUUUGGACAAUCCCGUGGUGUCGAAGGUGGUCCGCGGUGUCAGCGGCGGCUUCUCCACCGUGGCGGUGCACUCCACCGCGGAGUUCGCCCGCCAGCACAUCAACACGCACGGCUCCACGGGCACCGUGGCGCGGGUGGCCGCGCCGGGCGCGCAGUCCCGCACGGGGCUGCCAGAGAGCGUGGUGCUGGAGGCGCUCUUCUCCGCCUUCCUCGCCGCGGCGAAGCCGUUCCUGGGCGCGGGUCUGCCGGAGCCCAGGUUCGGGCCGCACUUGCACCGCUGGAGCUCGGCCUUCCCGGGCACCGCCCUGCCGGGGCCCGUGGCGGCGGACGGGGUGUGCCUCACAGGCGACUUUGUCGGCGAGCCGACGGGCAGCGUGGAGGCCGCAAUGCGCGGGGGCGUGAGCAGCGGGUUGCGGGCCCAGAGCGUGCCGUGAUGGGUGCUCGAGCACUCUUUGCCACGUGCGAGGCGAACCUGUGAUGGGACGGCCGACCCCUCCUCGCCCUCGUGCUCAUCCGCCUUCCCCUCAUCGCCCACCCCUCCUCGUGCUGGUCACCUUUGCCGCGCGGACGGGCGUCCAGGCGGCCAGCUUGCUGGCCUGAUGCCCAGAGCAGAAGGGCGGGUGGGCAGACGAGGCAAUGCACGUCCACCAGUCUGGGCGCGUUCGUUCCGUCAUCUGUCGUCCCUCGGUCCACUAGGACUCCAACAGGUUUUUAAUAGGACUCCAACGGGAUCCUACUUGGAUCCCAGUCGGAUGCCACUGCGACCUUGUUUGAGGAAGACAGAGGAUAGGGACAUUUUUCUGGCCAUUGCCUUCGCAUUCCGCAGGCUGGCGAUUUUCGCACUAGGUGGGCGUUGCGAGCGGCGCGCGCUGAAAGGGCGGCCGCUGCCUGGGACCCCUGGGCAGGCCUUCGCCGAGCGCUGCUGCAUCGGCUGCUGGCCAGCGGAGUCGGAGGAGAGGCAGCAGGAGGAGAAGGGCA